AUGAACCGUGGCGAUGCCAAGUCUGCCGAAGCCAUUAUAUCGAGCAGCGUGCGGCUGGUCCAUCACUGGAAUGUGUGGGACGGCGACGCCUCCCCCACGCCGAUACCGACCAAUUUGGUCGUGCUCUUCUUUUCCAAAGUUGGGCGAUUCCUGCAACAGUCUCUCCUGACAUCGGGACAUUCGCCCUGGCAGUGGGAAAAGGGCCUGGCGGCUCUCCAACCGCAACCUUUCGCAUCCUGUACCGAUGCCUGUCUUGAGCUGGAAAUGCUCUGGACUGGGGUUCGAGCUGUCGUCGAGGAGCUGCCCUUGCAGCCGACUGCGAAGCAGGUUGCCCGAGCCUAUGAGUCGCAAUCGCGAUUUCGCGACGCUUUUGAUGCGUGGGAUGGCAAGUUUCAGAUUUUCCAGAAGCAACCGCAUAUUGCAAAGCACAACCACACCAGGCUUGUGGCUCUACUUGUGCGCAAAAUUCUUGUCCACAUUAUAAUUAGUGUCGAUGUUGGCCGUUUAGAGGCAAGUUGGGAUGAGUUUUAUCCCGGUUUCGAGCGUGCAACUCUUCUCGCCGAGUCGGUGCUUGUAGGCGGCGCAAUGAACAAAAACAAGACAGUAUUUGCACCAAUGCUGGCCAAGUCCCUGCACUUCAUGGCCAGAGUCUGCCGCCACCCGCGUCUUCGUCGCCGCAUUGUCGACUUGCUGCGGCCGCAGCUGAGCAUGGUGCGACUUCUGAAGGUGGACGAAGACUACUCGCCGACGCAGAUUCAAGAGACCAUCAUGGCGGUGGAGGAAAGCGGGUGGACCAUGAUCAAGAUUGGCAGGCCAGAAUGCAACUGCCUGAUGGAGUGUGUGCCGGAGGUCUAUAUAUGUAGUAAUCAUCGGGUGGUGGCGGUGGAUGUAAAUCUGCGACGUGGCAAAGCCAGCGAGCUGUGCCUGAGGACUCGUGCCGAUGUGGUGAACAAGAGGCCGGGCCACAUUGUGUUUGUCGCUGCACCGAUCUUGCUAUAG